CCAGUGUGUCUGGGACGGGGGGAACGGAGCGGGCAUGGCCGUGGGGUGCGGGGUGCUGCUGCUGCUGCUGGGGUCACUGCUGGGGACCGGCCGGAGCCAGGAGCUCAGCUCGGAGGAGGAGAGACAGGCCCUGAUGCUGAAGCACCUGCAGGAAGUGCUGCAGCUGCCAGAGGAGGAGGGCGAGGGGCCCCCCGAGAUGACGCUGACAGAGCUGGCCCCCGAGGGGGGCGAGGGAGAGAAGGAGGGGGACGAUGGGGAGGGGGCACCCGUCGAGGGGGACGUUCAGCCCACCCAGCCAGCCCCGACCACAGCCGCCCCUCAGCCCGAGGAGGACGGAUUCACUUACGUGUUCUCGCGGCUGGACAGCCUGGACGCGGCCGUGCACCGGCUCAACGUGCAGUUCUACACCAUGGACCUGCGCCUGGCCCAGUUCUCGCAGGGCCUGGCCGAGCUGCGCGGGCGCCUGGCCGAGGCCCAGGAGGGGCUGAGCGUCGUCAGCCAGACCAGCACCCGCAACCAGCAGGACCUCGGCAAGAUCGACGGCUGCCUGCGGGGCCGGAGGCUCCACGCCAAAUGCUUCCUGAUCGUGAAGCAGUUCGAGGGCUACGACGGGGCGCAGGAGCUGUGCCGGCUGCGGGGCGGGAACCUGGCCAUGCCGGCCGACGCCGCCGAACUGGCCACCCUGCGCCGCUACCUGCACGAGGCCUUCCAGCCCUUCAACUGGCCGGCCUGGGUGGGGAUCCACGACCGGCGGGCCGAGGGCCUGUGGCUGUACGAGAGCGGCCAGCGCGUCUCCUUCUUCGACUGGUACCAGGACCACCUGGUGAGCCAGCCCAACGGGGGCGCCCGGGAGAACUGCGUCUCCCUCUCCUCCGACGACGGCAAGUGGUGGGACAACGACUGCGCCCGGCGCAUGUACUACGUCUGCGAGUACCGGCUCUAGGGGAGGGGGCGCGGACGGGACUGGCCCCUGGCACCCUGCGCCCAGACACCCAGCACCCCCCCCACACACCCCGGGACCCUGCAUCCCCCAGCCCGGAGACCCAGCAACCGCCCCCGGGACCCUGUGCCCAGUGACCCAGCGCCUGCCCCCUAGGAAACCAGCACCUCCCCCCCCGAGACGCUGCCCCCCCCAGCCCAGAAAUCCAGCACCUGCCUCCCCCAGGGACCCCAUAUCCCCCAGCCCGGAGACCCAGCACCUGCUCCCUAGGGACCCAGCACCCUCCCCUCCAGGGACUCUGCACCCAGAGACCCAGCACACACACCCUGGGAUUCUGCACCCCCCCAGCCCAGAGACUCAGUACCCGUCUCCCCCGAGAAAAUCAGUUCCCGAACCCCCAUCACCCACCCAUCUACUCCUGACAGGACAAUGACUGCACCUAUCUGUGAGUAGUACCAGCUCUGGGGGACCAUGACCCCCAGCCCAGAGCCCCAAACCCCCAUGCCCCGACACCUGACAAUGUAUCACCACACGUAUUUGCUCAAGGGGAAACUACUCCCACCCUCAAGAACCACCUCUGGGGAGCCCCCCCUCCCCCAAAACCAGCUUUCAUGAAGGAGGCAGCUGGCUGCCUGCUGCAGCAAGGAAAGGGUUAAUCCCUCUCCCCCAGUGCCCCCCACCCAAGUCACAGGCUGCCAGGGCCACACACACCCCCAGGUCUGAUGACCCAUCACCCAGGUGCUAGGGGGUCAAAGGUCAUCACUGUGGGGGGGGGGACACACAUGCUCCGGUCCCCAUGUCUGGCACAUUUGAAUCCCUGGCCCCAGACACACACACUGGGACAGUUCCCCCCCCCCCCGCCCUUACACAGCCCCUUGGGCUGGUCCUGCUUUGACCUCUGGUCCCCCCCCAACACAGUGCCCCCCCAGGCCUGUUCUCCCCCACAUGAGCCCCCCCCCAGGGCAGCCCUCCCCCAGUUACAUUCGCAGGCGUCGCUGGUAAAAUAGAAACUCUUUUAUUCGUUUUUAGUU